CUUUUUUUUUUUGUCAUUCAAACAAAUCUCAUUUUCGUUACGCAAAAGAAAACAAAACAAAAUCCUGUGUGCGUGUGUGUGUGUUCCAUAUCGACGGGCCGGAAUAUUGAAAUUCCGGUGAUAAAUGGAUGGUCAGGUUGAAUUAGGAGACGAUAAUUCUUCAAAUUGUUUCUUUGAUUUCAGUUUAAUCGAUCAGUUUCCUGGCGGCGACCUUCCUUCUCUUGAACCGGAGUUUCACUGGUCCUCCGGUUCUACCCAUCCAUUCCCCGCUUCAUCUAAUCUCAGUAAAGGCUUUGCAGAUUCAUAUGAAAAAUCAAAUGCUACCAAGGAAGAUGAAUCCCGAAAGAGGGCAAAUCCUGGUUCGUGUGCUGAUUCAAAAGCAUGUCGAGAGAAGAAGCGGAGGGAUAAACUGAAUGAGAGGUUCCAAGAAUUGAACGAAAUAUUGGACCCCGGAAGGUCAAGCAAGACGGAUAAGACUGUUAUUUUGGCGGAUGCUAUCCGUAUGGUUACUCACCUAAGAAACGAAGAAGCCAAGCUUAAGGAUUCCUCUCAAGAUCUGCUUGUUAAAAUCAACGAGUUGAAGGCUGAGAAGAAUGAGCUGAGAGAUGAGAAGCAGAAGCUAAAGGCAGACAAAGAAAGGCUCGAACAGCAACUGAAGGCCGCCUGUUACCCCCCUCCGCCUGCCUUUUAUCCUCCUGCACAUUCUGUAAUACCAGUCCCAUGCCCUGGACCUACCCCUGUUGGCGGCAACAAGUUCAUGCCAUUCAUGGGAUACCAAGGAGUUCCCAUGUGGCAGUUUGCGUCCCCAGCUGCUGUUGAUACCUCCAAAGAUCAUGUUCAUCGAUCCCCACUUGCGUAGAAAAUUAUUGUUUUUCUGCAGAUGGGAACAAGUUAUGUGAAAUAUACAUUUGUCUAAUUUUAUGAGCUAUUUAUGAAUAUGGCCAGUUAGUGUAAUUUGACUUCUUGAUUCUUAAGUAUCCAGAUUUUGACUCUGCUGGAAUUUUUGUA